CAAAGCAUUGUAUCGGGAAAUUGCGGUAGUGAUGUAUUCCAUACUAACGCUGUCGAUGUUUCUAAAAGUAUUAGGCGUUAUUCAUUCAUCUCACGUAAAGUCGAAUUCUAUAUCUAAAUUAGAAAGGAAUAAUGUUUUAAACAAAGCGUUAUGGGUUAAAAGAAACGCAGAAAAUAAUCCGGGUCUGUCGGUAUUUAGACUCAAUACAUUCGACGUCGACGAAAUACUCGAUAACAACAAUAAUUUUAGAACCGAAAAUGGCCAGCCAACUAUGUAUUUCUCGUCAUUCAAUGAAAGAUCUAAGAGAGAUACAUCAGAAGUACUAACAGAGAACAAGAGAGAUUUGUCAACAAUAAAGCCAAUAAAGAUCGUAGACGAUUCGUACAAAGAAGCUGGCUUACUGCCACAGACAGAUCACUACAACAUAAUACAUAAUAUUCCUCCACACCCCUAUACGUUCGUUGUCCAACCCAAACCGAAAUUUUUUGCCAACAUGUCCGAGAAUUUCGAAAAGAUAAUGAAGCCCUUAAACGAUAACGCACAAAACUUGUCCAAAACAGUAAACACUAAAUUAAAUUUAAAGGAAGGUUUAAAUCAAAAUAAUGUUAUUAACAAGAUGGUCUUAGAUAAAAAUAAUUUGCCUUGGCUUCAAAAAGGUCAAACGCCGUCUAAUAAUCGAAAUGAUACUGUAAAGAGUGAAGAUGAAUCAACGAAUAUAACAACACCAAAUACAAUAUCACAGCGAGAACUAUUCAAAGUCAUAGGAAUGCUUACUAGGACAUUCAAGAGAAUCAUAAAACAACACAACGACAUCAAAGUAAUUCACAGUAGGCUCCAGAAUUUAAACAAUAACUUUAUGCGAAAUUCUGAGCAGUUAAUAGAAAAGUUUCAACGUUUCGACACCAAGUACAAUAAUGUAGUAAGACUUAAUGAGAAAUUAAAUGAAAAGCUCAAGUUGAUUAAAGACCAGCAGCUGAACCUUAAAAGCAAAGAAGAAACCCUAACAAAACAUGUGCUGGAAUUUGAAAAGCAAAGAAAGCAAUUUUUGCUGCAGCAAAAUCUCUUUUUCAAUAUUCAGAAGCAAAUAUUGGCACAAAAUGAGAAGAUCACUUACAAACAAGCGCAGAUUGCUAACAGGCAGACCAUUAUAUCACAUAGACAGAGCAACAUAGCGAAAAUAUUCAAGGAAGCUCAUCAGACAUUUACAACAGAGAAAGUAACAAAAACUGAUAAUAAUCAAAAUAAUGACAUGCAGGCCUCCGCUGCUGAUUCAGUCAAAAUAGACUUAUUCUCAGUUAAACCAGACAAGGGCUUAAAAACUCUCGAUCCAGAUAUUUUGAAGACUAAAGAUGAGCAAUCGAUAGACGAUUUGAUAUUCAAAUUCUAUUUCAACAACACAUUCAUAGACGAUUUCAUCAGAGACCAACUAUUGGGUAGCAUUGUCAACCGUCCAGAAGUACGGGAUUUGAAAAUACGAAAACCACGCGAGGGGGCAGAAUCGACCGUACUGUUCCCUGUAACCAAAGAGGAAAAAAUCAGAGAACGCAGGUGGAUAAAGCAUCCGAAAAAGUCACGGAAGAACGAAACGACCACAGUCAUGUCUAUUAAAGCCAAAUUAUUCAGCGCAAAGAACAAGAAAAACGACAACUCUGAUCCAUUCAUAAAAAUGGCGAUGAACUUUUGUACGGAACUUGGACAGACCAGUAACGUUCAAGCCUUCAAUUGGUGCGUAGAGAAAAUCUUGCGCAGGCUUAAAGUUAUAGAUUCGAAAAAGAUGGCAACUACUAAACCGAGUACAGUAUUAACUACUACAAUCACAAUUACUUCAGCCCCAGUGACUACGACACAGACACUGCCAAAGCAAGAGGAUAAAGAAGAAUCAAUACUAGCAAAAUAUUUCCCAGAUAAUGACGAGCUAGAAGACAAAUUGAAAGAUUAUGAUCUUAAGCCCGAUACGGAGGGCAACGUGUACUACGACAGAAGUUUACAUAUCAGUGAUAUUGAUCCAAAAGACGUGGAUUACGGCGGCGGGGUGUCGGACGUGCUCCCGGGCUUUGAGAGCGAGUCCAAGGUGGACAACCCCGCACUGGACCUGCAGGCGCUGAGGAGGAUGGAUGCGAGGCGGUUGAGCGAUAAAAUAAAGAAAAUAAAGAUGGCAAAGAAAUGAACAAAGCGGACGGCAGUAAGUACAUGUGAAAAUAAAUGACAUA